AUGAUAAAGUUGAGUUUUGCAAUACAAAAACCACCAGAUAGAAAGAGAAUCGAUAUUGAAGCACCAAAGAAAAAAGACAAGAUAUCAAAAGAGAAGAAACUUGAAGUUCCAGCAGAUUUCGAAGUAAUGGCAACAAAAUUUGGACUUCCAAAAGAGCAUCUUGAAUUUUUUUACGAACACCGGCAAAGCUUUCACUGGGAAAUUAAGGGAGAUCAGAAACUUCACUGUACAGGGAACAAUCUGCACUGUAAAUUUACAACAAAAGUCAAGCCAAAAGCACUUGUCCAGCAUAUGAUUGACUCGCAUGGAUUUGGUGAUUUUCCUUGUGGCAAAAAAGACUGUGAAUACGUUGCAUACUCCGAAAAGACACUCCGUUACCACACGGUUAAGUUUCAUGGAAUAGGAAAGCGAGCAGCGAGUGUUGAUCAGCUCCAUCGUUAGAUCCGACGCAAGUCGAAUGGAGAGCCGGCCGAGACCUCUGAUAUUCCAGCUGAUGCCGUGAGAAAAGGCCCGGCGAUGCCGUCAGCAGACGUACUUGCUGUUCUUGCUCAGCGAGAAGUUGUUAUUCCAGAUGCAGAGGAAACAAGUGAAGAAAAUAAAUCAUCGGAUUCAGAGAAGAAAGAUGCCACACUCGCGAAUGAUAGUGAAGAACAACCGAAUGAGGAAGUAUGCAAAGCUUAUCCCCAGCCUGCUGUUCAGGAAUCUUCAGGAUUUAAAGCCCCAUCACUUCCUCAAAGUUCCCCCAACAAAGCAGAUCCAGUGCCACCAAAGAAGAUCUCCUCCAGUAAAACGGCCCCAAGCUUUUCCUACAGAGAGCCUGUUUGGACUAGCAUAUGCGAAGAAGAAUCUUACAAGCUAGAAGUUCUCAAAAAUGGCAAAAUUAUCGGAAAGUAUCAGCUCAGCGGGAAGAGCUGUCAUGUCCUUGGAAAAUGGGAAACGUGCGAUCUGCGACUUGAACAUCCAUCGGUCUCAAGGUAUCACUGUAUUCUUCAAUGGCAUGCUCAAGACAAGACGUGGAAACUACUCGACUACGGCAGUAGCAAUGGUGUGAAGCUUAACAAAAUGAAGCUGCGUCCACAUCAGUAUGUUCGAUGCACUGUCGGGUCCGUCUUGGAAAUUGGAAACUCAACCCGGAAGUACAUUAUGGUCGGGCCAGAUGAUGACCAACUUGAGGCAAGGGAUCAUCAAAUUUAA